UUUUGUAGAGAUACAAAGACAUAGCCGAGAUGCGAAACUCUGUUCAUAAGUUUUUCUUGUCAGGAAUUCGGCGUUUGCGAGUUCCAUCGUAGCAUAUCGUUUAUUGUUUCUCCCAGUUAGUAUAUAUGCUGCACAAGCAGAACUGCCUUUCUUUAAUCAUAUCGGAUUGUACUUCGGAAGUAAAUCAAAACUCAGGCAGUCGCUAAGUGCAACCAAGCGGAACCGAUCUGAACAACUUUAAAAGAAAACAUCCAAUCCAAGCCUCAUCAACUUCCAUCCAAUGGUUUCAGAGAUGUUGUUCAAAGAAAAUUGAGGACGGACGGACGGACGACGGACGGGAAGCGAUCACAAUAGCUCACUCUGAGCACUUUGUUCUCAGUUAAGCUAAAAAGAAUGUAAUGCGACGUGAAUGUCCCCAUGGAGAACGUCUAAUGCACAAGUCAACCAGUCAAAACUUUAAAAAAAUAUACUGAAGACAGAACUGAGACUACUCUUGGUAUGACCAGCACUCCUGUCUAUUAACAGCAGCCUGAAAAACCAAUACUAACUGUAACAGCAUUCGACACCUCACAGCGAUGCAAUAGGAAAUUGCAAAUAGCUCUCUGUGAGCUAUGAUAUGCCGUCAAUGCAUGCAGAAAAUAUUAUGUUUGGAUUUUAUAGAAGCAUUUUGGAUCACCGGACAAAACGUAAUGCCAUUCUACGUCAGUUGUUUUUAAGUAACUUAUCUCCAGAUAUAAAAAUAAGAACGUGGUGCAGCAGUGAAUUCGUAGAAGUCUGCACCUCAAUUUAAAAUGUCAUAGAUAUUUUGUAUGUUUUAUCUUGACAAGAUACAAAGGAAGGAGAAAAGACUGGAAAUAUAGUGUUUAAUGCCGUGAAAUUUAAAUAAAACAACGAUACGGAGGACAUGGAUAUAAAAGGAUAAGUAUUUAUCAUAUAAUAUAAUUUGAUAAGAAUUUUAAUGCUUGGAAAAGUGACAUAAAUGAUAGGGGAAAAAAUGAAAAUAAAAAGUGACGCAGUAAUAAAUAACAUGUCUUUGACAUAGUUACAAUGCGUAUAAUGGAUCAAAAUGAAACAACAACUGGGUAUGCAGAAGAAGUUGCAAUCGACGUUUUAAAUGUUCUAGUUCUCAUCGUAUCUGUUACCGGAAUGUUCCUGAAUACGACAACUAUACUAGCGCUGGUGCAUCUACCCUGGUCGUCUAGACCAAAUCUACGUUUAAUUCUUAGUCUGUGCGUGGCAAAUUUCUUAUUUGCUUUGAAUUUUCUUAUAUAUAUGCUAGCUUUUUAUAGUAAUCCAAUAGGAAGUGGAUAUGCCGUAACGUGCUUGAUGUUUGAGGUGCUAAGGUGUGUUUUGUACCUUUACAUUUAUUUCAAUUUAGCAUCAAUUGUACUGGAUUUAUGCCUAGCAGUUACUAACCCAUUAGGAUAUGCUUCAAUUGUGACCAAAGGAAGGACCAACAAACUACUUUUCAUCAACGCCUUUAUUUCUCUUGUGAUCAUGGCAUUGGCUAUUACGUUCAACUACUUGACAUUGACAGAAGCCACCAAUGUUCACACACAUGAAAGCAGUUGUUCCAUCUAUCCGAAUUAUGUGUACAUACGCUCAUUCAACUGGAUUUUUAAAGUUUCCGUUUUUAUAUGCAUUCCUGUGUUUAUUGUGCUUUUAACAAUAAUAUUCUUAGCCGUAAAGGCGACCACGUCUUCUUCUAACAGCCAACCAUCGAACACCCGUGGUGUUAUAACUGUGAUGUUAGUGAUUUUUACGUUUCUGGUGUGCUUUGCUCCCUAUCAAUUCAUAUCAUUUUAUAUUCAAUACUCUCCAGAAAGUUAUCAACAUUUUUCAACAUUGGCACAGAUUUUGGAAAGACUGCUUUAUUUAAAUGGAUUCUUCGUGCCAUUAUUAUACUCUUUAAGAACACAAGACGUUAGGAAAGGUUACACACUUAUGUUUAAGAAAUGCGUUUCUGCCGCGUCAGAUUAUCAAAGCGUUUUUACCGGUGAAUAAACUGUUUUGUAAUUGUGCAAAAUGUAGAAUUGAAUGAACUUCUACUGAACAAUGCUUUGUUUGAAUUUGGAGUAGAGAAAAGAAAAUUGUGUUUAUAUAGCCUUAAGCUGAGUUUUCCAAAUUGCAAUGUUCUAAAUCGAAAUUACUAUUAAUUUCUUGUCUGAAUUGAAAAACAAAUUUAAAGUACAACUUCUUUCGAGAAAACGUGUUCACACCUCUAAAUCUAAUGGAACGUUCUGAAUGAAAAAAGUGAAAUUUUAGUUCCAAAUUAAUUUCUUUCGGUCGAAAAUCAUUGCGGCCUUAAUGUUUCAUUGUGCAAUGUUAAUUUGUGCGUUUUGUGUUUCAGUAAAACUAAAUAUUA